ACAGACUUCCGCAAAGCUGCCUCACAGAGGGACUCAGAGCACUCAGAGAGACAGAGUAGCUGCUGAGUACUUGCUAAUGGCUGACAAGAGCUACAUUGAGGAAUCUGAGCCCUUGCCUGAGAAAGAGGAGACUGUGGAGUGGGGCUAUGAGGAAGGAGUUGAGUGGGGAUUAGUCUUUCCUGAUGCUAAUGGAGAAUACCAAUCUCCUAUUAACCUGAAUUCAAGAGAAGCCAAAUAUGACCCUAAACUGCUGGAAGUACGUUUAUCACCAAACUACGUUGUAUGCCGUGAUUGUGAAGUCAUCAAUGAUGGUCACUCAGUCCAGAUCCUUUUAAAAUCCAAAUCAGUGCUAGUAGGAGGACCAUUACCUCGGGGACAUGAAUUUGAACUGCAUGAUGUUCGAUUUCACUGGGGUAGAGAAAAUCAGCGUGGCUCUGAACACACUGUUAAUUUUAAAGCGUUUCCCAUGGAGGUAAGAGAGUUCUUACCCUAUACAGCCCAUGCUUCAGAACAUUGCCCUCAAACCUGUUGGUUUCAUUUUAACUCUACAGCUCAUUGA